AUGGAGCACUCCGAUGAUCAUCGAUUUCGCCAGCCGUUACAAGAUGCCACAAGCAUAUACGUUCACGGCAGUCCCGCAAAUGCCCACCCCUGCGUUGGCCGAGUUGAAGAUGUCGAUUUGUUAAAGAAUUCGGAUCUUACAUCUCUUGUUGGAAGCCCUACUCCACAUGGUAACAAAGAGAAUCGUAUCUCGGUCACCACCGAUUUCAAUUAUGAUAACCCUCGAAGCUCGGUCAUUUCAGCAUCUUCUAUACUCUGUGGCACUGGUAAGAGAAAGACAUAUGUGGGACCAUGGCAAUUGGGUAGAACCUUAGGGAAGGGUGCUACUGGCCGCGUUAGACUUGCAAAACAUGCUGGUACUAGCCAGUUAGCUGCAGUCAAGAUUGUAUCCAAGAAGUCUGCUGUCAUGGUGCAAAGUGAAAGCAUUGCUGCCAUGGAUCGCAAUGCAGUGCAAUUGAAGGGACUGUCACAGACCCGUACGAUGCCUUGUGGUAUUGAGCGUGAAGUUUGCAUCAUGAAGUUGAUUGACCACCCGAAUGUUAUGCAUUUGUUCGAUGUCUGGGAGAACCGUGGCGAGAUGUAUCUCGUUCUGGAGUAUGUUGAGGGAGGUGAACUCUUCGAAUAUGUCUCCAAAAAUGGACCACUGCCGGAGGAAGAGGCUGUUCGAUUGUUCCGACAAAUUAUUGCCGCCCUUUGCCACCUCCAUCGGUUCAACAUCUGCCAUCGCGAUUUAAAGCCAGAGAACAUCUUGCUAGAUGGAAAUCACAAUAUCAAGCUGGCAGACUUCGGCAUGGCUGCUCUCCAGCCGGCAGGCCACUGGUUGAAUACAUCGUGUGGAAGCCCUCAUUAUGCUGCACCGGAGAUCAUCUCGGGUGACAAGUACCGAGGUGAUCGUGCAGAUAUGUGGAGCUGUGGUGUCAUUCUGUUUGCCCUGCUGUCAGGGUAUCUUCCAUUUGACGGUGGGGACCUGGCCCGCACCUUGCGACUUGUGAGAAAGGGAGAUUAUAUGCUUCCACCAAAUCUUAGCCACGAGGCUGCUCAUCUUCUCACUUGCAUUCUACAGAAGAAGCCAGAAAAUCGUAUUUCUAUGAAAGAAAUUUGGUCGCAUCCUUUGUUGACCAAGUAUGAGAAACUCCACAAUGCGAUGUCCCCUCAUUACAUUGGCCCUCCUCCAGCUUUGACGAUCAAUGACUGUGGACCCCCUGUCACUUCUCGUCUGGAUAUUGAUUGGGAUAUUAUGCGCAAUCUACAGAUCUUGUGGCAUGAUGUUAAGACUGAGGCUGUCAUAGAAAGACUUAUGUCACUUGAACCGACCCACGAGCGAAUGUUUUACAACAAGCUAGUCAAGUUUCGAGACGACCAACUCGAAAAUUAUGAAGGUAUCCCGAUGCAGUAUUCUGCAAGUGACUAUCACCACAUUUCUCGUCCCACUGGCAGAGCCGUUCGAGGUCGCACCAAUAUGACUUUGGCCAAGCGGCGCUCGGUAGUUGGUCGCAAGAUCUCUGUACAAGAGCCCAAAUCUUGUGCAAGCAUUGAGAGCUACGAUCCAUUCAGAUCGCCUAACACCCGGCUACCUGAUGCUCCGUAUGCUCAGAUCACUGUCCACAGAGUCCCUCAGGAUAUCCCUGUGAUCCACGAGGUCACCCCGGAUGUGAAACAACCUCCUUCAAUUGCGGAAGAGGAGGAAGAGCCAGAGAUGCCAUCCCCGUUCACUGUUCUGAUGAAGCGCAAGCACAAACCUGCAUCGAUGAAAUCUUUCCAGUCCAAGAUCCCUCAUUCUAGCUCCCGGGCUCCAGGAACGUCCUCUCAUUCUAUGAGUUACCGUCGCAAUGUGUCUUUUCAUCACACUCGCAACCGUUCCCAGGGGUCAGCUAAGCCUAAGAGACAGAAGAUCGGACAAUCGACCCUUACGCGUUCUCCUAGCUGUACUAGUCUGGAGACUCUUGCAUGUGAACUGGAUGUGCCAGAGCUCCCGAGUAGCCCUCCCCUCCCCGCGCAGCCCACUGUGGUUCGUGCCGGCAUGAACGCCAAACGCUUGAUUCAGGCACGCAAAAUCCGCGACUCUGAAGUGAGAUGGAAGGAGGAUGCUCGUCAAUGCUCUAAUGAGCUUGGUAAGAUUUGUGAAGAAGCCUUCAAUGGCACCAGCUCGGUUACGACCAUGCGCACUGUCAGCACCGAUACUGCCAACACCGGCUAUGAGACUCCAGGUACCCCGGUAUCAAUCGCUAGCCCUGAGCCACGCUUAGCUGAUGCACCCAAGGGUUUCUCUGACGCUCUCAAAGAAUCGGGUGUUGCUUACAGCAUCCAUGAGCUCACAGAGACUCGCCGCAAGCUCUUCGAGCAUGGUAAAGAUAGCAAUAAUGAUGUCCCGUCCUAUUUGUCAAACGUCAUCGGUCAUCUUGAUCGCUUGAUUGACAUCAACCAAAGUCAGUGUCAAGCACAGCAGUAUACCUCGGAGAAUGUGGGACUUUUCAUCAAUCCACUCCCUACACAUACGUGUGACUCUUCACUUCCUAUGAUCAAAGAAGAGCUAGCAAGCCCUGCCCGUACACCCAGUGAUGUCUCCCCUGCAGACCACACCCACCCCAAUGGCGAUACUAAGGCUACAAUUCGGGUAGUUCCCCGAAGCUCCAUCCCCUGCAUGGAGGAAGUAAAACCUCUGAUUAUUCGAAAAAAGAGUCAAUUCGCUGCAACUGAAGGUGUCAGCACGCGAGACUUCUCGUCCGGUCCUAGUGAGGUUCAACCUCCUGGUGGCUUAGCUUCUAUCGACGAGGUACAGUCCCCAAAGAAUGGCGCAGAUCACAAAAAGUGGUCAUGGUUUAAGCACCGUGCGCAACAUGAGACCACUCAUUAUCCAGUCCCUCCAGCUAAGGACACGGAGCCCGCCAUUUCCCAGGGUGGAAUAAUCGUUGUCAAAUACACAGCUGAUUCAGCUGAAUCUACUGAGCUGGACCCUGAGAAGGUCACUGAACAGACACGCAAGUCUUCUGUUGGUGGCUUUUUCAAAAAGCUCAUUCCGAAGAAGUCGAACAAGGCCCCUGCCGAAUCAGGAGCUGGUAGGUCGACCAAUCUCAACUGCAUAAGCCUUCUACUAAGCCACAAAAAAGGACACGACUGCGCACAAGACUUGAGUAUUUUCUGCAAGGGCCACGCCGAUACUGACUGCUCCGAGGACGACCAAAUCAGCCCACUAAUGAACAAACGCCGCUCCGUUGCUUGCCCGAAUCAGAAUUGGUUUGCUCGCGUCUUCCAGGUUAAACCGGCUACCCGCAUUCUUGCUUUGAAAAUAUCCAAGUUCAAGGGGCGCAAGGAGGUUUACAAACUCUUGCGUGAAUGGAAAAAGUAUGGCAUGGAGAAGGUUACUAUGGACAAGAACAACAACAUUGUCCAGGGCCGAGUUGGCCAUGUGAACAUGCUUCGUAUCCGCGAGGUUGAGUUUACAGCUGAGUUCUUUACUGUGCUGGAGCACGGUCGCCCGGCCAAUCUCAGCUUGGUUCGCUUCAAGCAGGACCGCGGAGCCGCCUCUUCGUUCAAUAAGGUCGUUGACACCGUCAACCGAUCCCUGCAGGAUCGCGGCUUGAUUGUCGAGGAUGCAGCCCGAGCCAAGCAAAUGACUCGUGUACUGGCUAGUACCAACCCUGUCUAA